UGAGAAUAAAAGCACAGCUGGGACAACCCCUCAGUAUCCAGUCAUGAUGGCUUUCUUUUGGUAUUGUGGGCUACUUCUCUGGUUGGUGGCUGUUGGUUUGGCUGCUGCAGAUUUGAAACUGGACUGUGGGCCGGACUACGUGACCCUGGUUUGGUCAGACAGCAGAUCCCAGGCUGAUACGUCGCUGUUUCGUCUUGGUAGCUGUUUCCCCACCACUUUUACGCCACAGGAGGUGGUCUUCAAUGUGGAACUUGACAACUGCAACUUCAGGAGGCUGGUUUCUGGCAACGAACUGAACUACACAAAUGACCUGUUCUACAUGUCAUCUCCUCACUCUUAUGUGCUUCCUUUUACUCUUCCAGUGGUCUGUUCAUAUCAAAGGCCCAAAGACUGGUACCCAAUACUCUAUGAUCCAGUGUCCUCUACAUAUGGAGUCGAAGACUUAGUAUUUCAUAUUGAACUCAUGAAUGCUGACUUUUCAGGCCCUGCUGAAACGUCUACCUUUCCCCUGGGUUCCAUGAUCCCCAUCAUGGCUAGUGUGGAGGCAGUAGCCCAUCAACCUUUGCUGCUUCUACUUGACGAAUGUGUUGCCGCAACCACAUCAGACCUCGAGAUUGCUGUUGACACUUACACCAUAAUCACCAAUAAGGGGUGUCUUGUAGACAGUAAAAUCACUCGCUCAAAAUUUGAACAAAGACAGAAGGCCUCAGAACUCCAGCUAUCACUUCAGGCAUUUAGGUUUGGGCUUGGACAAGAGGUAUACAUCCACUGCACCAUGUUUGCUUGGGAUCCCAAUGGUCUUGACAGCACCAAGAAGGCCUGUCAUUAUGUGAAGGAUCACGGUUGGGAGUUACUGGAUAACCCUGUGUAUAGUAGCAUAUGUGACUGCUGUGAUGCCUCCUGCAAGACCAGGAGAGCAAGAAGCCCUGGAGCAGGUAAUGGCUUGUUCCAGAACGCGGUGAUUGGCCCACUUACCAUUACUGACGUGGCUUAACAUGUGAUGCUCUGGCUGGAACUUCUGGAGAGUCCUUGAAGGAAUGUGGAAUAUAUAAAUGCUUUACAAAUGA